CCUUAUGCAUCAUCCCUUUAUAUAAUUCAUCUUCUACACACCCAUAAGUCUCAUAAUCUUAGCAGUCCUCUCUCUCAAUCUCUCUCUCUCUCUCUCUCUCCAUAGCUACUAAACUAUGGGUUCGAAUGGCGGAUUUACGGUGGUGGUAAAGCGGAGAGAGGUGGUGGCAGCAGUGUUACCAAUGCAAGAGCACUGGUUGCCUAUGUCAAACCUAGAUUUGCUUCUCCCUCACCUGGACGUAGGCGUUUUCUUCUGUUACAAGAAUGAGCCCAUAAAAAUCAAAGCAAACGAAGAUUGCCGCGUGGCGAUCCUCAAGAAAGCCUUGGCUCAAGCGCUCAUCUCAUUCUAUGCCUUUGCCGGAGAGGUGGUGGAGAACGGCCUUGGUGAGCCUGAGUUGUUGUGCAACAACCGCGGGGUUGAUUUCAUCCACGCUUACGCCGAUGUGGAGCUCAAAAAUGUCGAUCUUCAUCACCCAUAUGACUCUGUCCAUGGAAAGUUGGUUCCUAUUAAAAAUCAAGGGGUGCUCUGCAUUCAGGCGACAGAGCUAAAAUGUGGUGGGCUUGUGAUUGGAUGCACAUUCGAUCACCGGGUUGCCGAUGCCCACUCAGCCAACAUGUUCUUCGUUUCAUGGGCUGAGAUUGCUCAUGCAAAACCAAUCUCCGAUAUACCAUGUUUCAGGCGAUCACUACUCAAUCCGAGACGCCCAGGCUAUUAUGAUCGAUCCAUUGACAAUAUCUAUGUCUUCCUAUCGUCUCUACCUCCAACAAAACUACUAGAAGAUCCUGAGCCCAAUGAGGAUUCCCUCCAAAGCCGCAUUUACUAUGUUGUGUCAGAAGAACUUAUCUGUCUCCAAUCGCAAGCCACCAGCUCUAACGGUAUUAAGAGAAGCAAACUGGUGUCUUUUAGUGCCUUUUUGUGGAAACUUAUAGCUUCUGCUGAGAAGUCUGAGUCUGAGUUUGGGUCUAACUCCAAUAAAAGAUGUAAGAUGGGUGUUGUCGUUGAUGGGAGAGGGAGAUUGAUGCUAAACAACAACAUCAAAGCAGAUCAUGAAUUGGAAAAGUAUUUUGGGAACAUUCUGUCCGUUCCAUAUAGUGAAGCAAGCGUUGGCGAACUAAAUGCAAUGCAUCUAAAUAAGGUUGCAGAGCUUGUACAUGAUUGUUUGGAAGGCGCUGCAACAGAAGAGCACUUUCUAGGGCUCAUUGAUUGGGUGGAAUUCCAUCGGCCAGAGAAGGCAAUAGUGAGAGUUUACUGCAAAGAGACCGAUGAUGAAACUGCUGUGGUUGUGUCAUCUGGACAAAGGUUUCCGGUGUCAAAGAUAGAUUUCGGGUGGGGUAAACCAUCUUUUGGGUCAUACCAUUUCCCAUGGGGAGGCCAAACUGGGUAUGUUAUGCCAAUGCCAAGUACAAGCAGGGAUGGUGAUUGGAUUCUCUACAUGCACCUCCAUGAAAAACACUUGGAUUUUGUUGAGUCCCAGGCACCCCAUUUGUUUAGGCCAUUAACUCCAGCGUAUUUAAACUUGACGCCUUGAUGAAUCUUAGCUUUUGUCUUGGGAAAAUCAGACUGGCUUGCAAAAAAUAUGUAUUAUUAUUGAUGUGUAGCACAUUGUGGUAGGUUAUGCCAAAAUCUGCCUACUAUGUGUUUGACAAUAUGUCUACACAAGAUAUUCACAUGUCUCUGCCUCCAUAAAUUGUCCACCAAGUGCUUAUGAAUAUGUCAACCCAAAAUUCAAUUGUGUUACCGUA